ACAAAAUUCUUUAAUAGGUUAUGAUAUAACUGAUCCAAAAUGUUUAAACAAGUUUUGACACUGUCAAAGUCAUAUAAUUUAAGACUGAUUGGUAAAAGUACAAAAAGAAAAAUUAUUGCAAUAUGUCCUAAUGUGAUUCAACUCCAAAAUACUCAAACAUUUAGUACUGUCACAGCUGUAAAAAAAUGGGAUUUAUACAGUGCUGUGUGUUUAGAACGCCAUCCAAUUAUAAUACAGCCAAUGCAAGAUAUAGAAUUAAAAUUUCAUAAUAUUUUAAAGAAAAUUGAAUUUGAAAAUAGUUUAAAGUGUGAUCAUGAAUUGAGAGUAGAAAAGGAGAAGAAAAAAAAGCCAAUUAGUGUAGAUGAUGAAGAUGUCGUUUUAAUACAAACUGCGCAAGACUUUGAAGAUAGUUGUCAAGAAGAAUUAGACAGUUUUAAAUUUGCUCCAACAAUUACAAAAUUUGAUAAAGAAAAUAUAACAUCAUCUUUAAAACGUAAACUGGACAAAAAUUUACUUUUACUAAUACAACAGAAAAUAGGUAAUACAAAUUAUUGGAUACCUCCCCAAGGUAUUCGAAAGGAAGGAGAAACCAUGAGACAAACAGCAGAGAGAGUAUUGCAAGAUGCAUGUGGUGCAAAAAUAACAGUAAAAUUUUAUGGCAAUGCACCUAUUGGAUUCUAUAAGUAUAAAUAUCCAAAGAAGCUUAAUGAGCAAGGAAGUUACGGUGCUAAGAUAUUUUAUUUCUUGGCAAAAUAUGUAGAUGGAGACAUUACUAGUGAUUUAAAAUAUCAAUGGCUAGAUCACAAAGAGUUAGAAAAAGUAUUACCUAGUGAAAUGCAAAAGAAUAUUUCACAAUUUAUGUUAUUUACUUAAAUAAUAUAAAAUAUUCAUUUAUUGUGACUAUUG